GUUGUUGGGUGCAUUAUUUCCCUGGAGAGAAGACGGACACCUGCUGCGUCCAUACACACAAGCGUUACAGACAAAGAACGAGUUCGGUUUAAUAGGUGUGGUAAUUUUAAGGCUCGUUUAACUUUAUUCGAGUCGCAGUCAUAACCGUGAACAGCUGGGACAGGUAGACAGGAAGUGAAGAAUGGCUCAGGUGCGUUUCAUUGCCCCCAUCGUCGGUUUUCUCUGUUGUCUGUCGGUUCUCAACGCGUGUAAAUGGGACCCAGAAACGGACGUCGAGCAGGGUCUAAAUAUUAGCUCAUAUAAUGACGGCGCGGCUUCCGUGGCUUACCUGCCGGAUAUCUCGGAGGAAGAGUGCCAGAAAGCUUGCUGUGAGAUUGACGACUGCCAUAUCGCUCUGAUUGGGACUCCAGCGGACGACGGCAGGCCAGAAUGUCGCCUGAUCAACUGUUUGAAAGACGGCAAAGACGUCUGUGUUUUGACCCAGAGCUCACAAUUCAAGGUGUACCGCAAGAUCCUGAAUACCCCUGAGCAAGAACCCCAAAACGAGGCUGAAGUUCGCUCCGCAAACGCAGAUCACUGCCGUCUCCCAAGGGUGGUGGGAAAUUGCCGUGCUGCUUUCCCACGAUUCUAUUAUGAUGUCACCAACCAGACCUGCAAGCCGUUUAUCUAUGGCGGCUGUGGGGGCAAUGAUAAUAACUUUAAUACCACGGAGGAAUGUGAGGCGUCCUGUAGUGGGGUGACAGGUGCUGUGCUUACGGACUCCCAUUCUGUCUCUCAACGCAGCAGAAUGUCUGUACCUGAGAAUAACAAUGAUGUUGAACCCAAGGCUCUUCCUGAGAUGACAUCAGAGGAAUUCCAAGAGAAGUGUCUGGCUGAAGCACAGACCGGACGCUGCAGAGCCUCCAUUAGACGCUAUUACUACAACAAAGGCACCUGUCAACCAUUCACCUAUGGAGGCUGCGGUGGCAACCAGAACAAUUAUGAAACUGAGGAAACAUGCAUGACAACGUGCACAGUGACGGUCAUUCCCAGCAACCAGAAAGCACCUGUCGUUCCCUCUACUCCUAGCUUUGAAGAAACCUGUGCUGUGCCAUCUGAUACCGGCCCAUGCCGUGCACUCUUCCGUAUGUAUUACUUUGAGGCCAGCUCUCAGUCUUGUAAAGAGUUCAUCUAUGGAGGCUGUCAGGGAAACCUAAACCGCUACGGUACUAAGGAAGAGUGCAUGUCAGCUUGCUACGGGAAAGACGACCGUUUUGAUGCACAUGGACACCACAAACAUGGCCGCUGGACUCCAGCCUUCUUCCUAGUGGCCACCCUGGCCAUAAUGUCUGCCCUACUUCUGGUAGGCUUGAUCCUGAUCGCAGUGCGCAGAAACUCCAACAGGAGGUUCUUCAUAAUUGAUGAUAAGGAGGAGUUGCUGCCUGCAGAGGAGCAGGUGUCUUAUGAGAAACUACCUAAGGUUGAUUCAAACUAAAGCCAGAGGCCUUCAUUCAUCUCAUGACACUCCAACAUUCAGAUCAAUUAAAACUACUAAACAUUUAAGUUACAUUAAAGUUCCAAUUUGAGUACAUUUUGUAAGAUGUUCCAAAUUGGUAACAUAGAACAUUAUGCAUAUCAUUCCUAUAGGCAUUAUGCAAACAAGUGUACAUUUUUGCACACAUAUAAAGAACCAUUUAAGAAUAAAGUUUAUGUUUCAUGGUUGUUUAAAUGAGAUAUUCUACACUAUUUUUAGUUGUAAAAGUGGGAGCUGUUGCACUAUCAUUUGGGGAGUUGGUUAAAAUACUUAUCUUGCCUUCUUUGUCAUUUGUCACCUGUCACUUUUUAUAUGGUUAUUAUCAUACACAGUAGAAGUAAAUAAGCUUUCAGGGAUAUAUUUAUCAAAACCAUAAUGACAAAGAAUAUGAUUACUGGUUUCCUAUAAGCUGUUUUGUCUUCACUUACAUGUAUAUGUGUGUAUACAUUUAUAUACAUAAGAAUAAUUGAUUGAUUUUUUUUUAUUUUUUUUUGGCUUAUAACACUCAUGGCAUAUUUUUGUCUCUAGAUUUCAUUAGUGAGAAUGAUUCUGUGGAAUUCUAUUGAUGACUCUUUCUUACCACUGAAUGCCCUUUAACUGUGACCUGUAAUUGUUUCAUUCAUACAAGCCUACACUUUCUUUUAAAAGCAUUGUUAUUUUCAAAUCUUCAACAAUAAAGGUAAAUUUAUUCA